UUCCUUUGAUGUCGCCUGGGAGAAAGAGAGGCUCGAGUCUGUUUGGCACCAUCAAGAAGGUGGUUGCGAGGAACUAGAGGGUUUGGAUUGGCGUUGUUUGUACAUGUGGAAUGGAUUUAGAAGGCUUGCGUAUACCCAUAGAUGGCGGAUUCGGGAGUUUAUAGAGGUCUGGACUUUGAAUCAUAUUCGUUGUUCAGCGUCAUUCUUUUCUCUGAAUUGUUGUGCGAAGUACAUGUCAGACUAUCAAACACGUGGUACGCGGAUCAAUCUGGCCCUUCCAGUCUUCCUCACCUUUUGAACUCAACUCCGCUCCUCAGUCACUCACGAACAAGUCUAACACUGUACAAACAAUCAAACCGAAAUUCCGUCGUACAGUAUUUCUCGUUGUCGCUCGAUAUCGAUCAAGCCUCCUCAUCGCCCUGCGAACGACUCGGGCACGACACUUUGAGGAUCCUUGCGUCCACCCAGACCCUUUCCACGAUACCUGAGUCCAAUUCUGAUACCGAAGCUUCCAAAGCUUCACUUUUCCCCCUUUCUUCACGACGACAGCAUUUGCAUACCGCUUACGGAAUCAUAUGCUGGAGGGGAGCGGGCGUUGCUGGGUAACCGAUAAGAGCCUUGGGCACUGUUUACUGGGCUGAUAAGGUUCACCGCUUGGGCUCGACAACGACAACCGACUUUGACAGCACACGGUUGAGCGAGCUCUCGAACGUCCAUUCCUCUCCACGGAGCGCAUUCCUAC